AUGUCGGCUGUUGAAAUGGUUGGUUCCAAUGACGCAACUGUUUCCGAUGACGCUCCUCAAUCCACCACCGCAAAAAUACCACCGACAAUGGCGGCUGUAUGCUUGAAAACUCUACUAUGCAUAGUCCUAUAUUCAAUAUAUUUUAUCAAACAUGUUUUGUCACAGGAUUGGAGCAGCAGUAGCUACAAAAUCAUUGGUUCGAGCGUUGAUGAAGAGGUAGAAUGUGGUGUAAUUUCCCCUGCUGAAACCAGUCCAUCAACGAUUUCCUCUCCGAUGUAUCCCGACAAUUAUCCGAGGUACUCCAAAUGUGCAUGGUUGAUACGAGGAGAUCCCGAUGAGGCGAUAAUCUUUCAGUUUGUUGAUAUGGAUAUUGAAGUUGAGGAAGAUUGUCCUUUUGACGCAAUUCGCAUCUACGACGGUCCGACUAAGGAAUUCCCUCUUGUGGUGAACCAUUGUGGUACUGGCAACAUUCCUCCAGACUUUACAUCUUCUACUCCGUAUUUGUUGGUAGAAUUUGAAUCGGAUGGCUCCGAUAGCGGUAGAGGUUUCCAAGCCCGCUACACGUCUAAGAAAGUAAUCACUAAUACGGACGACGAAGAUACAGAUGAGGUUGACGAGAGUUUAGAAGGAUGGACCCCUGGAAUAGAUAGUGACGGUUGCAGUAAAACGAUUCGCGCCAUAAAUGGAACGAUCACAUCUCCAGAUUAUCCAGAUCGUUACCCAAAUGAUGCUGAGUGCACAUUAAUAAUAACAGCACCCCCUGGCUACAUGGUAACUCUUGAGUUUAAGUCAAUGGAUAUGGAAGACUUCCACUGUAACUUUGACUAUAUCGAAAUUAGAGACGGUGAAUUUGAAGAUUCUGAUUCUCAAGGCAUUUAUUGCGGUACAAGACUACCAGAAACGUUUACCAGUUCCCAAGAGUCAAUUCGCAUCGACUUUAUAUCCGAUGCGGCCGAUAAUAGGCUCGGAUUCCAAGCAGUUUUUACUUCAAUCGCUACAUUGUCGCUACAGUGUUCUCAGCGCUAUCGUUACUGCGUAGCAGUCCCUGACGAUUCAAUUGGCCAAUCAGCAUCACCGAAAGCUGUUGGUGAUAGCGUGUAG